CUGCGCCGCCCCGCUCUUUCCUCCUUCUCUCGCUCUCUGCCUCUCUCCUCCUUCCAAACCGAGGCUGCUCUCCUCCUUUUCUUCCUUUCUUCUUCUGCCGGCCUCUCCUCUGCGCUCCGGGGAAGCUCGAGGGUCGAAGGUUCUGCCCUGCCUUGCACCAGCCCGCCACCUUUGCCAAAGCCCUUUCUCGCUCCCUGUAAGCAGCUUUUCGACACCGUCCUCCCUCAUGGAUCGGCUCCUUCCCCAGCACUGAAGGCAUCCCUAGGAAUACACAUCAACAGCCAAGAAAAUAAAAGAGGGAAAGAAGAAGUUGGCAGAGUUCAUGAGGAGAUUUUUGGAUUCCAACAUCGGCUGCAACACAAUGCCCACCCCUGUCCUUUGCUCUGGAAAGUUGUAAAUUGCUCAUGUCUAUAAAGAGGAAGCAUGGCUCAUGGAAUUCCUUCACAAGGCAAAGUUACUAUCACAGUGGAUGAAUACAGUUCAAAUCCAACCCAGGCGUUCACACAUUACAAUAUUAACCAGAGCAGGUUCCAGCCUCCACAUGUACAUAUGGUUGACCCUAUUCCAUAUGACACCCCAAAACCAGCAGGACACACGCGAUUUGUCUGCAUCUCAGACACACACUCCAGAACAGAUGGAAUCCAGAUGCCUUAUGGGGACAUCUUGCUUCACACAGGAGAUUUCACUGAGUUGGGGCUGCCCUCCGAGGUUAAGAAGUUUAAUGACUGGUUAGGAAACCUGCCAUAUGAAUAUAAAAUAGUGAUUGCUGGAAAUCAUGAACUGACAUUUGAUAAAGAAUUCAUGGCAGACCUUGUUAAACAGGAUUACUACCGGUUUCCCUCAGUAUCCAAAUUGAAACCAGAGGAUUUUGACAAUGUUCAGUCACUUCUGACAAACAGUAUUUACUUGCAAGACUCUGAGGUAACCGUCAAAGGAUUCCGGAUAUAUGGCGCUCCUUGGACACCAUGGUUUAAUGGAUGGGGCUUUAACUUACCCAGAGGUCAAUCUUUGCUGGACAAAUGGAACCUUAUUCCUGAAGGCAUUGAUAUAUUAAUGACCCAUGGACCUCCUCUUGGUUUUCGAGACUGGGUUCCAAAGGAACUGCAGAGAGUUGGCUGUGUGGAAUUGUUAAACACAGUACAAAGGCGUGUAAGACCCAAACUCCAUGUCUUUGGAGGAAUCCAUGAAGGUUACGGCAUUAUGACAGAUGGUUACACAACGUACAUUAAUGCCUCAACAUGUACAGUCAGCUUUCAGCCAACCAACCCGCCAAUUAUAUUUGACCUUCCAACCCCGCAAGGAUCAUGAAGCACUACUGCAGUGGGGGAAGGUCCAUAAACUGCCAUUUUUCUAAUUAAAAAACAUCCAGUCUCUUAACAUGUUUCUUUACAAAUGAUGUGGGGCUUUUUUUGUAAAUUGUUGGUACAAAAAGAAAAGGUAGAGGUUGUGCUUUUUUUGGAAAUGCAGCAUCCAUUUGAAAUUGGUAAAGCAUUGUGAAUUUGUAAAAUGAAGUUUUAUGUUUUUUUUAAUAAACUUGCCAUUGUAAAUUGUUAGUGUUCUCAAAAGGACAGCCAAGCUUUCUUUUAAUGAGUGAGACACCUUAUUUUAAUAUUAUUAAAUAAGCUUAAAAAGGCAGUGUUUGACAAAAAAACACCCCAAUUUGCACAGCUAUUGUUUGAUUUUUUUAAAAAAAAAUUGUAGUGUUAAAUGCCACCCUGUGCCCUCCUAUGUUUUUAGUUUCAUAUGCAUGCUCCCUGAUCCAGAUUUUUGUAUGUACUCUUAUGCUGACAAAAUGUCAGGCAUCCAACAGGGUUAAAUGCACUUAUGCCCAUGGAUCAGUGGACUUAACUGUACCUAACUCUCUUGGGAUUGAGGUCACAGAGCUGUUGUGCAAAAGGUGAGAUCUCCAUUUGUCUCCAUGGGUGUUGAUCUGAUCACACGUAUGGAUCAGUUAUCCUCAUGGAAAUGAAGGAAGGUGCCAUUCUUGGUCAGAAAGGCAGUACUACCCAUCAGAGCUUCUGGACUCAUAACAGCUUGCUGGAUCAGGUCAGUGGUCCAUUUUUCCACUGAUCCGUGUGCUAUCUAUUAAUGGUAAUGAAUCAGUGAGGGAAAAACAGAUUUCUAGGUUUAGUUUGUCUCCACCUGCUUUAAUGACCAAUUAGAUAGCAGCAUCUCAUAUGUACUUAUCUAAAUUGUCACAGUAUUGGUGAGUUUCUUAAAUUAUUUUAGCUUUAAAAAUACGGGGAUGAAAAGCUGCAAUGAGCAGGUGUUCCAUGCAGUAAAAACAUGUAAAUGUGGACUCCUUUUAAAUAUGGAUUUUUAUAUAUAUGUAUUUUUUGUGCAUUAUAACUAAGCUAGGCAUUUAAUAGUGCCAAUGUAGCAUCUACAAAAUUAUGCUGUACAGCACAUCUAAAUUAUGAAAGAUGUGACACGUUUUUUCCAAGCACUCAAGGCCUUCAAGAGCUUGAGUUAAAAUCUUGGUGCGGUUUCAGGCAUGUAUAGAAUCAAAUGAAUACAAUCAAGCCUAUCUAAAAUAAGGCUUUGUUGUCCUUUAUAUUUAAAAUAUUCUUGAAUUGUCUUUCCAUUUCUUUUUCCCCUUAUUUUGCACUGUGUGUAAAUGCAAUCUUGCUAGCACAAAAUAUUGUUGCAAAUAGUUAUUUCUGUUCUACCACUGUAAAUGCUAUUGAGCUUUAUUCUGUUUUAUGUUACCUUAAUGGAAUUUAGGAAAGCAGUUGUUUCUUUAAAUUUAUUGCGAUAUUAUAUAUCUAGCGGCCUUUAUAUGCAAAUAAAAUUGCAAGAUUUUUAAA